CUGUGACCUCUUGGCCAUAAGUGUUGCCACCACAUUGACGGUCACUCUUCCAGGACCUGAACGGACCAGCCAAGGCUGCUUGACAUUACACCUUGUUUUCAACUAACUCAGCCAUGUCCUGAUUCUCCCUCUUUAAUCAGAAGUUGAUUUUUAACCGAUGCAUUCUAUUCAUUCAUGCUUUGGUCAUACCUAACUAAGAAAAGCAGAGUUAGCCAAUCUGUUGUAUAGGGUGAACAUGUUUAGUGCCUUGGACUCCUCCAUGUGCAGGAUGGGGCUCUGCUAAGAAUCCUCGAGUGCGAAUCCUCUCCUAGAAUGGAUAUUUAAGUAACUGAAGUCUGGGCUGAGGUAUCCUUCCAGCUAAGUACUAAUCCUGGGCUACGUUUUCUUCAUGAAUUUUGACAUCAUCCCCUCUACAAAAGCCCAAGAACAUAGCCUGCCUCCACUGCUCCAUCAGAGGGAGAAGGAAAAGUCCCCGAGAGGAGUCCUCAGUGGCUGAGGAAAUACACCUCGUGUGCUGUUGCUGUCAAUUUCCCGUUCAUCACUCUGAAGAUCUCUCCUUGGGGCUAACGGUCCAGGAUGGCCUUUGAGGAUCUCCUCGCUGAAGCUGAAGCGAAGGGAAGAUUCAGAGCCCUUCAGAUCUUGACGUUGGCUGUCCCUCUCGUAUUGAUAGGUGGCCAUUUUCUCCUGGAGAAUCUCACGGCCUUUGUCCCCAAGCACCGGUGCUGGGUUCACGAGCUGGACAAUACCUCUGCCUCGAUCAGCGUCAGUGAGGACCUGAAUUUGACUUCCCUGCUGAAGGUUUUCAUCCCCCUGGACUCCGAUGGGAGACCCGAGAGCUGUCGCCGAUUCUCGGCGCCCCAGUGGCAGGCUUUGCUCCCAAAUGUCACGGCCCAAAACUUCAGCCAGCUGGAGAUGGAGCCGUGUGCGGAUGGCUGGGUUUACGACCAAAGCAUCAUCACGUCUUCCAUCGUGACUGAGUGGGACCUGGUGUGUGACUCCCAGACACUGAAGACCUUGUCCCAGUCAAUAUUCUUCGCUGGGAUUUUGGUGGGACAUGUGCUAUGGGGCUGUCUCUCAGACAGGUUUGGGAGAAAAUGGAUCCUGCUUCUGAAUUACUUCUUGUUGGCUGUCUUCAGCACGGGGGCUGCCUUUGCCCAAUCAUUCUCCAUUUACUGCAGUUUUCACUCUCUGCUUGGGAUUUCCUUAGCAGGAAUCGUAACUGGCUCGGGGUCCAUUGGCUUUGAAUGGAGCAGCAGCCACUAUCGGGACCUGAUAACAGUCAUUUUCUCUAUGUCCGCCAGCUUGGGACAUGUAUUGCUUGGGAUUGUGGCCUAUAACAUUAAUCAAUGGCGCCAACUGCAGCUGGUAAUGUCAGUUCCCUUCUUUGUCUUCUCCCUGACUGCUUGGUGGUUACCAGAGUCCGCAAGAUGGCUGAUUGUCCACAACAAGUUAGAUGAUGCCUUAAAGGAGUUCAGAAAAGUUGCAAAAAUCAAUGGAGUAAAGGAUUAUAGCCUGACUAUAGAGGCUUUGAGAUCUACCAUGGAGAAGGAGUCAGAUGCAGCACAGACCCAUUACACCGUGUUGGAUGCAGUCCGCUUUCCCAUCCUGCGCACAAGAGUCCUCUGUUUGUCCAUUUCAGGUUUCUCAUUCCUUCUGAUUUUUUAUGGGAUGGCUCUGGACAUACAGAACUUGGGGCAGAAUAUUCAAAGGCUCCAGAUUGUUUUUGGUGUUUCAACCUUGGUAAGCAAGCUUGUAGCCUUGUUUUUCAUGAACUGCUUUGGUCGUCAAAGAGUAAUCGUGGCUUCCCUCUUCCCUGCUGUACUGCUCAUAUUUGGCUAUGGAUUUCUGAGCCAAGAAAUUUUGCGUACAGUUUUGGCAAUGCUGGGAAUCAGCUGUAUUGUGAUCUGCAUGUGCAAUUACUAUGUUUAUAGCUUUGAGCUCCUACCUACAAUUGUCAGGAACACUUGCAGAGGACUGAUUUUUACAGUAGAAAGGAUUGGGACAUUGCUGGCCCCAUUGAUAAAUUUGCUCAUGAUCUAUAGUCCAGUCCUGCCAAAGGUGAUCUUUGCAACCCUAGCCAUCACUACCUGCCUUCUGACUUUCUUCUUCCUCCCUGAAACAAAGAACCAACCAGUACCUGACACCAUCCAGGAAAUGGAAUGUGGACAUUCAAGAAAAGAAGCAAGUCCAAGAAAUCAAGGUGACACCAAAGUAAAAAUAAGCCAAUUUUAGGAUUUCUCCAGGAGUCUGAUGGAAACAAAAAUGGCUGUGGUCUAACCUGGGGGUUCCUCAUCAGCCAGUGGGAAGGCACUGCAUUUGGUGCUUUGGGGACUCCAGGCUUCCAAGAAGUUCCAGUAGCAUCAAUCAGUCAGCAAGCUUUAAAUAAACAGUUACUAGGCACUGGAGAUACAACGACAAAAAAUCAGCAAGUUUUGCACUCAUGAAUCUCCUGUUUUAACUGAGAAAACAACAUAGGGACAAAUAAAUAAGUACAAAAUCAAUUAAAAUCAAGAGUCUCAGAAGACAUGCCUCCGAGAAUCUGCGCCCAUUUACUUGAAGCUGCCUUGAUUCCAAGGAGUGUUCACAAGCAAAAGCCAAUGGCUUAAAGACCAAUGCCUUCAGAACUGCUGCCUGAGGAGGCUCCCCCUCGAAUACAACCUGGAUUUCUAAGGGAAUUUAGCUGCCUCUGGUUCAGGAACUCCAGGCUGGAAAGGGUACUCAAAAGAUGUUCUCUGAUUUUUCCUUCAAGGGAUGUCCAUCUACUCAUCCUCCUCCAAACUCUCCAAGCUUUCCUCUUGCUGCCAGCAUCAAGGAUAAACUCUUCUGCCAGGCCAUUCAAGCCCUCCACAAACUGAAAACCAAAUUUAGUUCUCAUUAUUCCCCUUAUUAAACCUCUGUUCUAGCCCAUCUUGUCUUUCAACCUUGCCCAGUCUGUGUCGCUAUGUCUGGAAUAUUUUCCCAACUUACUUUUUCCUCUUGACAGUCCUUAGGUGCCAACUCAAAUGGAAAAAACAUUCUUCAUUCUCAUAGUUAUUAGUGAUCUUCCCUUCUUCAAAUUGCCUUGUAUAUUCAAUUUUCUAUUUGUAUUGUAUCUGUCAUUUGCCCCAUACAGUGGAACUUCCUGGAAUGUAAGAAUUAUUUUUGUUUGUUUUCUCUUCAUAUUUUCAGCACCCAGAAUGGUGCCCUGUCCAGUGGGGGCUUAAUAAAUGAUUAUUGAAUUGAAUUAAA